AGCAGACAGGAAUCACUUAUUAUAGCACUUUGACUCGCUUUGCAGUGACAUUGGCAUCAAAUGCGUAAAAAGAUGCUGUAAUCCGAAGCAGACCCCGUUACUGUGCGUGUACGCGUCUCUGCAGGGGUGAGUACGUUUUAUGGCCAGCGGAGCGUGUGACAUUAGAGAGACUUUUGUUUUAACUGUCGCGAAGCAGGAAGUGAAGCGGCGGAUAUUCUCCGGUAGUCUGUGCUGUCUGAGAGCGAGUCUUCGGUAUGGACGCGUGAAAAUGUUCGGCCGUGUUUUGAGGAAAAUGUGCUGGAAGAGAAGCGGAGCGCGCAGAGGCGUGUGCACGAGACAGCCCGCGCCGCGCGUCCGAUUCGCUCCGAGCCCCACAGGGUUUCUGCAUCUCGGAGGUCUCCGCACGGCUCUCUAUAACUACCUGUUCGCGAAGCAGCGCGGCGGCGCGUUCAUCCUGCGGCUGGAGGACACGGACCGGACGCGGUUAGUCCCGGGAGCCGCCGAUGCCAUAGAAGACAUGCUGGAGUGGGCAGGGAUCGCGCCGGACGAAAGCAGCCGCAGAGGAGGGGAUUACGGGCCGUACGUUCAGUCCGAACGGCUGCCGCUCUACUCGCAGGCGGCGGCGUCUCUGCUGCAGACGGGACACGCCUACUACUGCUUCUGCUCCAAUCAGAGGCUGGAUCUGCUGAAGAGAGAGGCGCAGCGGAGCGGACACGUACCGCGGUACGACAACCGGUGUCGACAGCUGCGGCCGGAGCAGGUCCAGGAGAAACUGGCUCGGGGAGUCCCUCGCGCGGUCCGCUUCAAGCUGGACGCCGGCGCCGAGCCCUUCCGGGACGCGAUCUUCGGCUGGACGCGGCACGAGGUGGCGGCGGUGGAGGGAGAUCCGGUCAUCCUGAAGGCCGACGGCUUCCCCACGUACCACCUGGCCAACGUGGUGGACGACCAUCACAUGCGCGUCAGUCACGUGCUGCGCGGCUCCGAGUGGCUGAUCUCCACCGCCAAACACCUGCAGCUGUUCCGCGCGCUGCGAUGGACGCCGCCCGUCUACGCGCACCUGCCGCUGCUGCUCAACCGCGACGGCAGCAAACUGUCCAAACGCCAGGGCGACAUCUUCGUCCAGCGCUUCAGAGAGCAGGGCGUCCUGCCCGAGACCCUGCUGGACAUCGUCACUCACGCCGGCUCCGGGUUCGACGAUAAUCGGAUCGGUCGUCGUCUGGAUGAGUUAGUUCGUGAGUUUAACAUUUCCAAGGUUGCAACGCACUCGGCCCUGCUGGACCUGGACAAACUGGACGAGUUCAACAGGGUUCAUCUACAGCACAGGAUCGAGGAUGAGGAGAAGUGCGCUGCGCUGCGGGACGAGCUGCGUCAGCAUGUUCUUCACACACACGGCUCUCAGAUCAGCGACCGUGCCGUCCUGGAGCCGCAGUACAUACAGAGAGUCCUGCAGCUCCGCAAGGGUCACAUCUGUUCGCUGCGAGAGCUGCUGAAUCACACGUACGCGUACCUGUGGAUCCGUCCGCGAGUCACGCGGCAGCAGCUGCAGGAAGUGAGCGCAGAGGCGGAAAACAUUGUAGCGGCGGUCAUACGACUGAUGGCGUCCGGCAGCUCGAUCGAAUCCACAGAGCGUCUAAACGCUGAGCUAAAAAUGAUCACCAGCAGACUGAACAACACAAAAUACAGCGGCGUGAUGAGAGUGCUGAGACUCGCUCUGAGUGCGCAACAGCAGGGUCCCAGUGUGGCAGAGAUGAUGCUUUCUCUGGGAGGACAGGAAGUGUGUGUUCGUCUUCAGAAAUCUCUGGAACACUGACUGGAACAAACACGGAUGACUCGACCUGUGUUUAAUAAAGUGGAUGUAAAUAUUGA